AUGGACUUCGUCGGUGGCGCCAUUGCAUGGCGACUUCCAAUCGCCGCCCAGAUCUUACCCGCACUUAUCAUCUGCAUUGUCCUCUUUGGUCUACCUGAAACGCCUCGAUGGCUUAUUGAGCGCGGAGAAGUUGACGAAGCAUUGGGGGUCAUGUGCCAAGUGUAUGGCGUCCGCCCGGACGAUGAGAGUGUCCAACAUGAAAUGAGGGAAAUUCAGAGGGCACUAGAAAAUGAAAGCGAAGCUGCCCUCCACUGGUUCGGGCUCUUCAAGAAGGAUCUAGUUCAAACCAGUCGGCGAGUCUGCUUGGCACUAUUGGUUCUAUCAUUCAACCAGUGGGCUGGGAUCAAUGUCGUUGUAUUCUAUAUUGCUGUCGUUUUGGAAGAAAGCGUGGGGCUCCCCAGAAAAACGGCACUUGUUGCCGGUGGAUGCAUCAAUCUUGCGUUUGCCUUCGGAUCUUUGGUGCCAGCACUAUAUCUCGAUCGCAUUGGAAGGAAAAGGCCAAUGAUUAUUGGCAGUGUAGGCAUGGGGCUCAGCCUUGCGGCCAUCGCAGUCCUCCUGUCCUUUCAAGACACAGACAACGAGGCUGUCACCGGAAAGACCUGUAUUGCCUUUUUCGUCGCGUAUAUGAUUUUCUUUGGAGCAAGCCUCAACGCAAUUCCUUGGUGCUACGCCGCAGAAAUCCUGCCGCUGAAAUCUAGAGCAAAAGGAAUUUCGCUGGCUGUUAUGAUGAACUGGGCUUUUGUUUUCCUUAUUGUCAUGGUCACUCCUACCAUGAUCGCCAAGAUAGCGUGGAAAACAUAUUUGGUAUUCAUGGCAUGUAACUUUGCAAUGGCUCCCGCGAUCUACUUCUGGUUCCCUGAAACUAGCAGACUAUCCCUGGAAGAGAUAGAUCUUCUCUUCUUGGACGAUGGAGAACAUGCAACGGCCACCGAAAGUGAACAAUUCAACAUCGGCAAGAAGCCUGCCGCUACUGCAUUUUCACACAUCGAGCAUAUCAAAGAAGAAAGAGAUGGCGACCAUCAGUAG